AUCCGUUUCACGCUUUUUCACCGUAUUUGCUCUAGGGAGGGAGUAACGACAUAGUGAUUGUGAAAACCGAAAUACGAAAGCUCAGUGAAUGGAAUUGGAAAGUCCGAAGAGGCGGAGUUAAGCUGAGAGCCAGAAGUUUAUCAACUAAUCAAUUUCAUUCGACGAAGAAGCUCCUCUGUCCAUACAUAUAUUCGUGGCUCCCUUUCUUCUCUCUCUACUUUCUACACAUCACCACUCUAUGUAUAUCAUUUCACAUUUCUACAAUUGAAUUAUCUUCAUAUAUUUCUAUGUGCAGUUGAUGACAUCACUUUACACUUUAAGGUAAUUAUAUCAUGGUUACACCAUGUUGACAGUUCACUAUUCUGGAGCUAUCUGUAAGAGCCAAACAUACUUGGACAAUAGCACACUGCCCGAACCUUUUCAUUGCAAGAUUGCAAAUGUUAAUCUUCCGAAUCAUACUAUAGUAUCUUUGGUCAAUAUAAAAAGUUCUUGUACUGCUGGAUUGCACACAUCUUCGCUUUUUCCAAAUGGAUGCACUCAGCUUAAGGUGCAUCAUGUACCACAACAUACAACUUCGAAACGGUGGCUGUGUCAGUUACAAGAUACGGCUUCAUCAGAUGAUGAAUAUCGCUCUUCACGCAAUAUAGCAAUCAGCUUGUUUAAGAGAUACAAAAAUGUCAUUGACCGCGGUGGAGGUGACAACUUAAAGGAUUUCAUUGGCGCUGGGGUAAAUGCUUAUGCAUUGGGAUGCACUGAUGAAGGACUUAGAAAAGAACUUACAGAUAUGAAGGAAUCUGGUUUUCAAAUUGAAGCAAUGCAAACUUACGGUGGAAGCACCAGUUUAAAGUCCAAGAUAUGCUAUGAAGAGAUUUCUGAGUGUAUCAUGUGGCUGAGUAUAAUUUUCAUCACCAUCUUGUGCACACCCCAACCAACCAUUGUGCGCUGGUCUUCAACAUCUCCAGUAUCUGAUGAAAUGAAGAAUCAGUGGAAAGGCUUUUGUGCCAUCAUAGCUAAUGCAUAUUAUGUGCGAGGAAUGGCAUGGCUUCCUGUGAAGACUCUUCAAUUAGAGCAAUUGGCAGUAUCUGGUUGUGCUGAGGAGCCUUCAGUAGUUGCCAGCCGAAUGAGAUUAGUGUUCAGUACACUGGAGGUUGUAAGCCCACAAUGGCCAAGAGUAUAGGAAAAUAGUGAAGCAGAGGAAGAUUAUGCAAUAUUUGUUUACCGAGAGAUCAAUUCAAACUUCUGGUAAACAAUAGUUUCAAGUUAAGAGCUUGUUCAGCUUGUCCUAGAGUCUGCUGGAGAUGCUCUGAUGCAUAUUUGCUAUAAAAACUAUUAAAAAAUUGUUUUAUAUAAACACAGAUGUUUUUCAUUUCUAGUCUGUAUUUGCAAUAUCAUACGCUGUUAAGGAAGGGUAAUUUUUUUAA